ACAAGUGAAGAGUGGUAAAAAGGAACACUGAUUACUGAAGUGGCCUGGAGAGGGAAAGCACUGGUCAGUAUCACGUGGAUGAACCCUCACUGUCUUCCAAAGAUGCUGUUGAAUUAGUCUUUGCCUGCCUUCCUUCACUUAGCCAAAGCUAUUCAUAACAUGGGCUGCAUGAAAUCAAAGCAAACUUUCCCAUUUCCUACCACAUUAGAGACUGAGAAGCGGCAUGAGAGUGAAGAGAACUUUACACCAGACGAGAGAUUUCUACCCCGGAUGUCUUCUCUGGUUAAUGUCAAAGAGGAAGUGAAAGAAGCCCCAGAGACCAAUAUUGUGGUCUUGGAAUAUGCACACCACCUGUCCCAGAAAAUCAUGCAUGAAGCCUUGCAGCAGUGGGCAUGCAAUAACAUUAAGUACUAUGACAUCCCAUACAUUGAGAGUGAGGGGCCUUGAUGCUGUAGGAUGAUGACACCUUCUUGAACUGUGGAUAUAGUUGGUGCUAGUUUAAAUACAUGAAACAAAAGCAAAAAUUGGUGUGAAUAUAAAGAAUUCCAUCUGGAUGUAAAAACAUGUCUCUGAUAAUGUCACUUGUGUAGGAAUACUUAGGAUGAAAUGUGUUUUAAGCAGUUCUGUGUUAACAGCAAUUUCUAUCUGCUUGGUCUUGUAUUUUAGUCAUUGGAAGGGCUAAACAGACGUCCUCUGGCAGCCAGUAAUCAGCUGUAUGUCACACCACUUUCCUCCUGAGGCAGUAAUGGCAUCACCAAAGAAAACAGUGAAGAACAAAAAGUGCCCCAAGUUUCAAAUGGGUUAUUUACACCCAAAAAAGCCCAGAUAUGAAAAGGGUUUUUCUCAAAAUUCCUCAGCAAGUGAGAGGCACUCAAGCCAUAACGCUCAGCAGUGGGUCUUAUUUGUCAAAACCAUUUGUGUCAAGGAUCCCCACUUCUUGACACAGAUAACCUAGCAUGGGAAGCAACCCAUGUAGAUAGGUCCACAUUGAACCCUGUCCUUAAUUAAGAACUUCUAUUUUGUAGCUGAAAAGCAUCACUACCACCUUAAACUUUAGGGCCCUAACUAACAACAGCUGUUACUGGAUGACUCAGACUUUGUGUAUAAAGCCUUCUUAAAAAGGUACCAUUUAAAGAAGCCAUGAUAUUAAUGUUCAUUGCAUUGA